UUUUCAUCUUAUCAGAUACUUCCGGAGCUUGAGCAGAUCGAAAUUUGAAAAUAAAAAUAAAUCACCGUUCACACUUCGGACGUUCGACGUGAACCAAUAAUGACAAUCGUUCUGACAAAUGAUUCUAUCAACAAACUAUGCAAUGGUGUUAAUGUAACGCAGCCGAUUGUCCAGUUGCUCGGUUAUGAGGCAGUAUUAUUAAAAAAAAAUCAAACAAGAUAUCGUUUAGUUUUGUCAGAUGGUGUCCAUAUGAAUUCUUAUUUCUUCUUGGAUCCCAAAUUAAACGAUAUGAUUGUAAAAAAGCAAAUAAAAUACGGUACGAUCCUCAGUAUUGAUCAGUAUAAAUUUUUAGAUGGAAAAAAUUGCAAAGACCACAGUCCAAGAUGGACUAUAUAUAUUGAAAAAAUAGCAGUAUUGGUUCAUAGAAAUGUCCUUGGUGACCCACAGCCGUUAAUAAAUAUUGAAAAAAAGAAUAAGCCGUUGUUAAAUUUAAAUUUGAAUGAAUAUCCGAGUAGAAUGUUCAAUAGUAUAGAACAAUUGGAAAAUAAUCUUAUAAGUGUAAAAGAUUUAAAUAAACAACUGAACAGCAAAUGCACUUCUGUACUAAAGUUAACAGUAAAAAAAAAAUAUCCAAUCAAUACACACAGCAAAUGUAGAGUUUUAAAUAUGAAUUUGGAAGAUUCCACAGGGAUGGUUCGUGUAAGUGCAUUCAAUUCACUUUCUGAUAUAAUGGAUGAAAUAUUUAAGGAAAAUAAAACAUAUUAUAUAACAGAUACUAUUUUGAAAUUUUUUGGAAGUCACUUUGAACUAAAACUUCAAUCCUAUUCAGUUGUAAUAGAAUGUAUCGAAACAAUUUUACAAAACAUACCAUCGAUUAACACAUCUGAUUUUAAUAUAAUAUUAGACAAAGAUCCAAAUACAUUUUGUGAUUUAAUUGGUGUCUGCAUAGAAAUCAGUGAUAUUGAAGUAUGUGGUAACUCAACUGCUCAAACAGAAAUCGCUAAAAGAGAAAUAGUAUUGAUUGAUAAAUCUAUGGCAACAGUAACUUUAAAAGUAUGGGGUGAACUUGUUAACAAAUUCGAAAAACAAUUUAUUGAUAAUCCGCUAGUAGUAGCGGCUAAGAAAACUGUUCUAAAACAGUUCAAUGGGAAGAAAUACUUCUCAUUGAUUAAGGACAGUGUAUUGUUUGUCAAUCCAAAUACAGCUGAAGCCCAUAAAUUAAAGCAAUGGUAUAAAGAUUUGGGUACCAUGGAAGACUUGUAAUGUAACUUGUUAUGUUUCUGAAAAUAUGUUCCUCUAUUAAUAUGUACUUAUGUAUGUAGUUAUUAUUUUUAUUAAAAUACCAUUAUAAUAAUUAUAAUGGUAUUUUAAUAAACAAUUAUUGUUGUAAAUUAUUUUAGUUUGGCUAGUAAGAAAAAUUCAAUGUUAUAAAAAAAUUUAUCCAGUGUUAAAAUCAAAUCGGGUAUAUCGUCGUAUGUGUGUAAUUUUUAAAGUUUGAUAU